AUGCAACAGUCACGCACACGAGCCGUGAAUGCUCUCAAGGGCACACGUAACUUUUCCACCACAGCCCAAAGAUGCGGUAUCUCGCCUUUCCGCAGACCUGCGAAAGUUGUCCCGAGUAAAGUCACAAAAGAUGAGGCAAAACGACCGCAGAGUACCGCAGCAGCGGCUACACAAACACAGUCACGGUCGCGGCCGUCACCCGCUUUCAAUCGCGAAGACUACAGCGAAGUCCAGCCUCUGAAGCAGUACCGGUCGCCAGCCAUGGACCAUUCCUUUGUUGGCAUGACUGGUGGAGAAAUCUUCCACGAAAUGAUGCUCCGCCAGGGCGUCAAGCACAUCUUCGGCUACCCCGGUGGUGCCAUUCUACCCGUUUUCGAUGCCAUCUACCAGUCAAAACAUUUUGAUUUUAUCCUCCCGCGGCACGAACAAGGCGCCGGCCAUAUGGCCGAGGGUUACGCCCGCGCAAGCGGCAAGCCCGGUGUGGUGCUCGUCACAUCUGGACCCGGCGCAACCAACGUCGUCACACCAAUGCAGGAUGCGCUCAUGGAUGGAACCCCUCUGAUAGUCUUUUGUGGACAGGUCGUUACCAGCGCAAUUGGAUCAGAUGCUUUCCAGGAAGCUGACAUGAUUGGCAUCACUCGGCCAUGCACCAAGUGGAAUGUUCUUGUCAAGAACGUCGCAGAGCUGCCGCGGAGAAUCAACGAGGCCUUUGAGAUUGCGACAAGUGGACGGCCAGGUCCUGUUCUUGUUGAUCUGCCCAAGGAUGUCACAGCCAGUGUUCUCCAGAGGGCUAUUCCCAUGAGCAGCAGCCUACCCACCACUGUCAGCGCUGCGACUAUUGCGGCAAGAGAGCUUAGCAAGCAGCAGCUGGACAACUCGAUACGGAGAUCUGCCAACUUGAUCAACAUGGCCAAGAAGCCCGUCAUCUAUGCCGGUCAAGGUAUCAUGCAGACUGAGAAUGGACCCCAGCUUCUAAAGGAACUUGCGGACAAGGUCAACAUCCCCGUGACCACCACUCUGCAGGGUCUUGGAGGAUUUGAUGAGCUCGACCCCAAGUCCCUGCAUAUGCUCGGUAUGCACGGCUCAGCUUAUGCGAACAUGGCUAUGCAGGAGGCAGACCUCAUUCUCGCCCUCGGUGCACGCUUCGACGAUCGUAUCACUGGCGCCAUCUCCAAGUUCGCUCCUGCAGCAAAGGCGGCAGCGGCAGAGGGCCGUGGUGGAAUCAUUCAUUUCGAAAUUAUGCCCAAGAACAUCAACAAGGUCAUCCAGGCGACCGAAGCUGUAGAGGGCGAUCUCGGGGUCAACCUAAAGCAUCUCCUUCCUCUUGUCAACAAGGUGGAGGACAGACCAGAGUGGUUGGGUCAAAUCGCAGCCUGGAAGGAACGUUUCCCAUGGGCCUAUGAGAAGGAGGGCGAGAAUGGCCUAAUCAAGCCGCAGACCGUCAUGGAGACGCUGUCAAAUCUCACUGCAGACCGCAAAGAGGAAACCAUCCUCACUACUGGUGUCGGACAACAUCAGAUGUGGUGUGCUCAGCAUUACCGCUGGCGAUACCCCCGCACCAUGAUUACUUCCGGAGGUCUCGGAACGAUGGGUUAUGGUCUCCCCGCCGCCAUCGGAGCCAAGGUCGCUCGCCCUGACUGCAUGGUCAUCGACAUUGAUGGUGACUCAUCCUUUAGCAUGACCCUGACGGAACUUUCCACUGCCGCCGAGUUCAACAUUGGUGUCAAGGUCAUCAUUCUCAACAACGAAGAACAGGGUAUGGUGACGCAAUGGCAGACCCUCUUUUACACCGAUCGCUUCGCGCACACACAUCAGCGCAACGCCGACUUUGUCAAGCUCGGUGAUGCGAUGGGUGUCCAGGCAAAGCGCUGCACCAAGCCGGAUGAGCUCGAAGCCUCUCUCAAGUGGCUUCUAGCGACCGAUGGUCCCGCUCUUCUCGAAAUCGUUACCGACCAAAAGGUUCCUGUGCUGCCCAUGGUACCGGCUGGUAGUGCGCUCCAUGAAUUUAUGGUCUAUGAUGAGAAAGCCACCAAGGAACGUAGAGCACAAACAAAGUCUAGGUCAGGCCGGUAA